AUGAACACCACCCGGAAAGAUUUCUCUUGGUCUCAUGGUAUGUUAAACUUGAGGAACACAGAUCCAGUUCUCCAAAUAUCCUGGGUUGAUAUAUCUAAGGCCAUGUUUAAUAACAACAGCAAUAGAAAUAUGAAGGCUAGUUGUAGUAUUACCUUAGAAGGUCAUGACAAGUUACAAUUGAUGUUUGAUAGUGACAGUAUUGACGAGGGUUAA